AUGAUAAUUCGAGUGGAGGAUCCUCAAAAACGAUCCGAAGGUACCAGCUCAUAUGUGGCCUAUCUAAUUGCUACCAAUACAACCGUACAAACCUUUUCUUCACCACAACCUCGUCCAGUCAGGCGGAGAUUUCAUGAUUUUAUAUGGUUGCAUGAUGUACUGGCCUUGGAAUUUCCUGCAUCUGUCGUUCCUCCACUCCCAGAAAAGCACCGGAUGAAAUACGUCAAGGGCGAUCGGUUCAGUAGUGAGUUUAUUGAACGGCGAAGACUAGGUCUUCAGUGGUUUAUGGACAGAAUCGCACGUCACCCUUACCUGCAGCAAUCACAAUCCACCAGGUUAUUCCUCGAGUCUGCAGACUUUAAAAAUGAUCAACAAGCGCAAUCGAGAAGAGUACCGCGUGUAACAUCUGUACUAGACACAUUAAGUGAUACCUUGCUGAAUGCAUUUGUUAAAGUCAAAAAACCAGAUGAGCGAUUUGUUGAUAUGAAGGAAAAUGUGGACAAACUUCAUGAUAAUUUGGAUACAGUCGAGAAACUAUAUUCACGAAUUAGCAAGAGGCAGCAAGGCAAUAAUUUCUCAGCCAGCAUCAAAGGUUUAUCAAUGAUAGAGAAGGAUGCAGCUCAACCACUGCAACAGUUUGCAAAGUCUAUCGAAGAAUAUUCUAUUGCUAUGGCUUCAAUGAACAACAAAGAAGAGCUCCAUUUUCUCAACGAUGUACACGAGCUUUUGGCUUACUGUAAUGCUACAAAGGAAGUUCUCCAUGAACGCGAUCAAAAACAAGUCGACUUUGAAGAGCUUUCAAAUUACCUCCAAAGAGCAAUUCAAGAACGAGAAAGAAUAAUGUAUCCUGGAAGGAAUAUGGGAGAUGGGUCAGGUCUAAACAUUACCGAAUUUAUGGCUGAUAAGAUGAAUGAAGUACGCGGAACUGAUUCUAAUAGAGCAAGAGAAGAACGAUUGCUACGACUUCAGGCAAAGAUCAACGAGCUUCAAGAAGAGGUAGCGCGCACCAAUGAUGCAAACAACUAUUUCUCAAGCCAAAUGGUCAGAGAAUUUGAUAUUUUUCAGGGUGCCAAAUCAAGAGAACUGAAACAGGGUCUUGCAUCAUAUGCUGAUUGUCAUAUUGAAUUCUGUCAAAAGGUAAAUACAGAGAAAAAUAAAUUGCUGUAG